CAAAAUUCAACCUCACUUUCGAUUCUGUGGCGAAUUGAGGCCGACAAAUUAGUCACCGAGUUGCGAACAAACAACAUCAUCCACUGAGCCACUUCGUGCCACUCUUUGCUCUACUGCUUGGGAGGGAAAAUCACGAGCUUAAGCUCGAUGAGAUGAUUGGAAGAAUCGUGUGAAUGGAUGUAUCGAUCGAUUGAACUCAAUGCGAUGUGGGAGGUGUGCCUCGACGUCGGUGUCACUGUGGGGCCAGGUGACCUACGUCGUGAGGGUGUGGCAGCAGAAGCAGGGGAGCAGAGAAUGUCCGUUGAGUUGUUCAUCCAUAGCCUCGUGGCGAGCGAGAUGGCGAAAUCACUGUGGAGUGGGGGGAGGAGACACCGCCUUGACCAGAGCAACCACCACCUGCAGCAGUACCGGACGGGACGGGCCGGGCCGAAAGAGGGGAGCGAUGGGGGGUGGGGGAAUAUUCCGCGGCCGAAACGUUCACACGGCUGCCGUGGCAGAUGCCCCUCGCGUGUCGAGAGCCCCCCCUUGGGGGCUGCGGGGGUGAUAUGCCAUGUGACUCAUUACCACCGCACUAAUGCUCUCGCGGGCCUGCGAAGGAAUGCUGUGGCUAUAUCCCCACGGUGCUCGUCGCCUAUGGAAGCCCCUCGCCCGUUCGUUGGCAACGCGCAUAAAUCAAUGCGCGCCUGCAAGCCCAUCAAUGGGCUUAUGCUCGCAGAAUUCCCCCCGCGGGCGAGGGGGCUGGGGGAAGAAGCCCGAAACGACCAAUUCAAGCCCGGGAAUUAGCCCCUAGCCCAGAUUUGGGAACACUACAUGUACG